GAGGAUAACUUGGGCACCCAUUGGAAAUGAUGUUCCGCAAAUUGUCAGAACUGUAAAACAGUUGAUGAAUUUAUCUACUUUCCAUCGCUGUGGCUGCCAACAUCCUCUACGCAUCGUAUCUCUCUCUCUCUCUCUCUCUGGAAUCUGGGUUUUGCGCUUGCUCACAACUCACGCUUACCACUUUCCACGUGUCCCAACGAUUUCCGGGCAACAAGAAGUGCUUGUGCUAUACCCGUUGUAAUCUGGACAACCAACGAACCAACAAUGCCCCAAAAAGGGUAAAAGGAACAAACACUAUCGUAUUGGAUACCUUGCUCUUGUUCAACUUUGUUCUUUUCUUACGCCUCAUACAAAUUACGCAGCUACCGUUGAGAAAUGUGUUGCCGGUCGCUAAUAUUGUCACUCAUACUAACGGCUUGCAGUGCACUCUUGAGAGCCAGCAUAUAAGCAUAGCACAUAGGUGGGGAGAGAUAGAGAGGAUUUCAGAUUUUGCAUUCCCCUUUGAUCUUCCUUUCUUCCAGGCAAGAUGAUCUUUGCAGCACAAAUGUUGAAGAUGUCGUUGCUCUUUCACUUUUUCUUUAUCAGUGCAUUUGGUCUUACUGGUGCAGGUAAAGAACCCCUUGUGUUUUUAAACCUUUAUAACACAAUCCCAGAUGUCUUCCAAGCGUCCUCUCACUCUGCUCUUCCGAUAGCUGUUUCUGUGGGUGACGAAAGCCUCUACGAGGUCUCAAGCAGUGUUUUAAUGGCUGAAACGUGGCUCAGGGUCAAUGUUUUAGCUCGCUACCCAGCAACCAAAAUCACCACCAUUGUUGUGGGUGACACCGUGCUUUGCAACAGAGGCAAAGAACACAAGCUGGAUUUGGUCCUGCCAUCUCUUAAGAACCUUUAUCAGUCUCUGACAAGGUGGGGUUUGGAAAAAGAAAUCAAAGUUUCUGCUGCUUUCUCUUCCAACUGUUUGCUGCACCCAUACUCUGCUUCGUACAGAGACGAUUUAACUGAGAAAGUUAUCAAACCUCUGCUGGAGUUUCUGCAGAGUACCAACUCAACCUACUCGGUCAACCCGUAUCCCAAAUUCUCUCCUUUGUCAGAUCAACUCGAGAGCUUGGUGUCUUAUCACUCUGGGUCCAUGGGAAAGCUGGGAUUUGUUGAGCUCAAAAAUAUUAAUGUGUUGGUCCCUAGUCCAAAAGAGAAAAAAUCCAUGGGCAGGAAGCUCUCGAUCAUGGACUCCAAGCUUGACGAACCACUCCCAGAAAUGGCACAAUCCCCACUCCACUCCUCCGUUGGAUACCCUGUUCCAGCCAAUGUAGCACAAAACCCACAUCCCCCACUUGCCCAAAUAGCUUCUCCGCCAUCGUUGUCCUUCCCCUUUGCUCCAGAGAAGCCUCCAGUCAUCGAUCCAGCGACUCCACCUUUCGGUUCAACAUUGCCUCCAUGUAAAGCUCCUUCUACCAGUGCCCCAGAACCAGAGACGGCGGGGAUCCAGAAGCUGUGGUGUGUGGCCAAGCCUAGUAUUCCUGCAGCGACACUGCAAGUGGCAAUGGAUUAUGCUUGUGGAGAAGGUGGCGCUGCUUGUGAAGAGAUUCAGCCUAAUGGGAACUGUUACCAUCCUGAUACCGUUGUUGCUCAUGCUUCUUAUGCCUUCAAUAGCUACUGGCAGAAGAACAAGAGGAACGGCGGAGCUUGUAGCUUCGGGGGGACUGCUAUGUUAAUCAAUACUGACCCAAGUUCUCCUCACUGUCGAUUUGUGCUCAGCUAGACACGGAAGUGAAAGCCUCAAGGGAGAUUGGUUCUUGAGGUGGCUUUGUUUUCCUUGGCCUUUUAAUAAGUUCAGUUAAAGAAGAAUUUUUUAGUUUCGACGUCUGUCCUGGAUAUAUACGCUGCUUAUGCUUCAAUAAAAAGAGACUUUGUUUUGCUGUUUCU